CAUUUGGUAUCGUCCAGAAUCCUGGGGUGGGCGUCUCCGCCCGCUUUUUAAACGGCGCUCCAGCCAGCCCCCAAAGAGGGCGGAGCCUCCCCCUCUCUUGAGACAAAUGGUGUCGGCCCGUUCGCUGCGGCACCGCCUCCGCCCCCCUUCCAGCGGCGCAGUGGUACGCUCCGGUGUGAUUCGGCUGUAUCUGGCGCCGCCUCCGUUUAUUCUUCCGCCCCCCCACAACGGUGGUGGUGCGGUCCGCUAUUACCCAGUAGCGGCCCCGCCGUAGUUAAGGCGCCCAGGACGGGAGCGUCUCCUUCUCCCCCCCUUCAUUAAGGCGCCAGUGGUAGAGCCCGCCGUCGCUUGGGCAGCCGCCGCCGCCGCUGCGCUCGGAGCCAGCCGCCGCCUCGCCCUCCCGGACGCCCCUCUCGCCCCGCCUUCCCUGGGCCUGGUGUAUGAGUGAUUGGUAACCGCGAGCCCGCCAUGUCCACGCCGGCCCGGAGGCGCCUCAUGCGGGACUUCAAAAGGCUGCAGGAGGAUCCCCCGGCUGGAGUCAGCGGGGCCCCCUCGGAGAACAACAUCAUGGUGUGGAACGCCGUCAUCUUCGGGCCGGAGGGAACCCCUUUUGAAGACGGAACUUUCAAGCUUACCAUAGAAUUCACAGAAGAAUAUCCAAACAAGCCACCUACCGUUAGAUUUGUGUCUAAAAUGUUUCAUCCAAAUGUCUAUGCAGAUGGUAGUAUAUGUCUGGAUAUUCUUCAGAACCGUUGGAGUCCUACCUAUGAUGUGUCGUCCAUCUUAACAUCCAUACAGUCUUUACUGGAUGAGCCUAAUCCAAACAGUCCAGCAAACAGCCAGGCAGCUCAACUAUACCAAGAGAAUAAGCGGGAAUAUGAAAAACGGGUUUCUGCAAUAGUAGAACAGAGUUGGCGUGACUGUUGACCCUGGAUGAUGCAAAUGAACACUCUGAUGAGGAAAAAUAUAUGUAUGAAGUGUCUGAGUCGUCAUCCUCCUCCUCCUCCUCCUAGCAUCACUGCAUUUACCUUGAAAGCAAAAUAGCUGUUGUGCUGUUGCCACCCACCCUCGCUGAAGCUUUUUUCCUCCUUGGACAUCAGAAAGCACCCCCCCCUCCAUCCCUGCCCCCUUGAGGUCAAAUGUACUGUACUUGGGUUACUUGUAAAAGAAUUACUGAGGCUGAAUUCCACUCUGUGGUCUACCAUCUCCAGUCUUAGGGCAGUACUGUGCAUUUCUGUAGUGUACACUAAGCUUUUAAUUGUAAUUGUGUUAUACACAGUGACGCUUACGUGUAGCUUGAUUUAAAAAAAAAGGGAUGUUUAUAUACAAUAUACAUUUUUAACUAUGACUUGAGUGCUGAUCUGUCCAGGCUGGUCAUUUAACUGCUGGUAUCAACUCCACUGCAUCUGUGAAGUGCUGCGAAGAACUAACUCUCUCCUGCCAUUUCCCAUUCUUGCUGGUUUUUCUGUUCAGAAUAUGGAAGUCUUUGGAAUUGCAGAGCAGUUUCCAUUUCAAAUGCAUCCAGUAGGGCAGUGGGGUGAAGGAGGGGUGGGCCUCUGCUUUGAUGGGUGAUGUGCAAAGUGAUCUCUCAUUAUAGUGUGGUGGUGACGGCAUGUCUGAGGUUAAAAGCAAUGUAUCCUUUCCACAGGACUCCUGUGGAUUAUAUAUAUAAAUAAGCCUUUGGACUAUGGCUGUAAAGGGGCCAGGCACAGGAUAAACGUAACAUGGCUAAUGGUAGGAGUAAGGAAGAGGGGGGGAAACAAGCAUUGAAAAGUCUCUUACGAUACUAAUCCCAAUCUCUUAGGUAAUUUGACCCUCCUGCUUGGCUUUCUGGUGGAAGAAGUAGGAAGAUCACAAGUGCAACUGCUGCAUGCUUCAUUCUCUCUCCUCCUUGCUCUCUCCCCCCGCAGUUCUACAAAGUGGUUCCAUCUCUGCAAAAGCAUUUUGGUAUAGUUCAGUUUGUACAUUUUGGAUACCUUUUAAGUAGCAGUGUGGGAGGAGACUGAUCAGUGUGUUUGUCUGCUCUUCCAAUGUCUUCUGUGUAUACAUUGAUCUGUUGAGUACAACUUUGCACAAGUAACCCAUGUAAGAAACUGUACAUUUUUCAAUUAUUGUAAAUAAAUGUGUAACCUUAAGUGCU